UUCUAGUAGAUCAAUAACGAUGAUAAUCUAGUUUUACAUAUGGAAUCAAAUUUUGUUCUGUGUUAUUAUUAUUAACCGGUAGUCUUUAUUUAGUUUCAUUUACUUUAUUUUAGCCAUAAAGACAAAAGAGAAGAGGGAUCUUUUUUUUAACUGGUAGACACGUGUCAUGACACUGAUAAACACAGUUGCUUUAAGACACGUUUCUUCAAGCAGCACUAUGGAACGGCGACGUAAUCCACCGGCCACGUGUCGUAAAGACAGAUCACUCGGCGGCCACUUGCCUCCUCCUCUCAGUCAAGGGGUUGUCUCUAAUGUCUGAAAGGGUUUUUCUUCUUCUGGUCAAUUUCAAAUAAAGCUUCUCGUCUUCUUCACCGUCUCUGAUAUUUUAUUUUAUUUUUUUAAAAGAAGAAAAAACAGAUUUUUGACCGCAUGUGAAGUCAGUGUUCUUCAUUCAUUCUUUCAAUCAUCUGAGAAAACAAAAAUAAUCUUUUUUUUUAAAUCAUUUAUAUCUAUGGGGGAAGAAGCAAGGGCAUGGAACAGAGGAACAAAUCUUUCUCUAGACAUAAACAAGUACCCGAGAGAUCUGUUACGAGGCUUCAUGUCUGAAAACGUUGACGGAAGAGAUGAAACAUCAUCAGACUGCGAAGAUGAUGAGACUGCGGUUGAGCUGAAUCUUGGUCUGUCUUUAGGUGGUCGUUUCGGAGUAGACAAGACUCCGAGGAAGCUUAAACGUUCUUCAUCUGUUUUGGGUUCUAUCGUGGCCGAGAGGGAGGAGGUUGAGCCGCCGGAGAAUUACACGGUGGGUUUAGCGAGAACGACGUCGUUACCAGCGGAGAUGGAGGAGGAAUGGAGGAAAAGGAAAGAGAUGCAGUCGCUUAGGAGAAUGGAAGCUAAGAGGAGGAGAUGCGAGAAACAACAGAGUUCCCAAACGACGCCGUUUGAGUCUGAUAGAUGUAUCACCGCUAGUAAAAGCGGGUUUCUACAGAGACAUUUGGUUUCUCCUAGACAAGCGUGUGUUGUUGAUUCCGAUGGAGUAGUGAGAGGAGGUAGCUCGUCGAGCUUGUCGGAGCUGGACAACAACAAGAACCAACAAGGUUCAUCAAACAGUUGCGGUGGUGACGAGAGAAGCCCCAAGAUGAUGAUGACAAGAUGUUCAUCUAAUAACAGCGACAACGAGAAUGGUAAAGGCAAAGGGACGGCUGCUACGUCUACUGGUUUGUUCGACAUGCCGUGUGUGUUCACCAAAGGUGACGGUCCAAACGGUAGACGUGUCGAUGGGAUUCUAUACAAGUAUGGUAAAGGAGAGGAAGUUAGGAUCAUGUGCAUUUGCCACGGUAGUUUCUUGACACCUGCUGAGUUUGUUAAACACGGUGGUGGUGGUGAUGUUGAUCGUCCUCUUCGGCAUAUCGUCGUCAAUACUUCUCCUUCCACCUUUUGACAAUGAAACUGGAACGUUAUCUUUUCCUUUUAAUUUCUUCUGCUUUUGUUUGGCUUUUAAGAAUGAAUUUGCCAAAAUCUCAUCAAGAUUCUCAUGUGUAAUACUUGAGAAACAUCAUAGAAUCAUCAAAUUAUUAAAUGACUCUUGCUUUA